AUGGCCUCCCCCACCAAAAUUUCAACCAAACAACCCUCGAGCCAAGAAGAGCCCGCUGAGUCCACCACCCCAACCUCGCCGCCCCCGCUAGAACGGCGGGGCUCCUCGGGCUUCCGAAACUUCUUCACCUCCAUCCUCGGCGCGAAGAACCCGCUCGCGCAGCCUGCAGAUGCCACCAAGAACUCCGUCUGGCUAUUCGACAACACCGCAUACCAGAACGGCGACGGACAGUGGCAGGCCGAGGUGGUUGCCUGCAUCUUUGAGAAAGAAGGCCGCGAUGAUAUUGGCAAGUUCGUUGCGAACAUAGCAGACCAGGUUGGGAUUGAUGGCGAAGUGGGCGGCGACAAUGUGGCCCGGAAACGCAUCGAGGAGCGCGUGCGGCCGUUCCUUGACCCCGUUUCCCCGGCAAGGACAGUGACGCUGCUUGAAUCGGAGCAGACGCAUGCGCUUGGUCCCUCGGAUCGCAACGGGAUUAUCAGCCAGACGGUCAAUCUGCCCGGCGAAGGUAUAUCGGAUGGAAUGAGCGUGCGGCCGCAGGUCCAGGGGUUUAGCAUGAAGAUGUCCGCGAACACGCUCUUCGCCGCGCCGGAAGGCUGGCUAGUGAUUUCCGACAUCGACGACACGAUCAAAGUCACCCAGACACCCGAGCCAACGGGGAUCCUACGCACGACCUUCGUCGAUGACCCACAGCCCACGCCGGGCAUGCCGGAAUUCUACAAGCACGUUCACGCCGAGCUCAACCCGACCUGGUUCUACGUCAGCGCGUCCCCUUACAACCUAUACCCAUUCCUGCACAGCUUCCUGCAGAGCACGUACUGCGCAGGCACGCUGGUGCUGCGUGACUACUCAUGGCUCGACCUCAGCGGGCUGAUCAAGUCGUUCACGGAGAAGACGCACGAGUACAAGGUAGAUCGGAUGGAGAAGAUCCGGCGCUGGUUCCCGCACCGGAGGGUGCUUUGUAUUGGCGAUUCGACGCAGAAGGAUCCUGAGGCCUAUGGGGAUAUGUAUCGGAAGUAUCCCGACUGGGUGCAUGCGAUUAUCAUUCGUAAGGUGACUGAUGUGCAUGGGAUGGAGGAGAAGAACAAGGCCGAGAGGUUUGAGGAGGCGUUUAAGGGUGUUCCGAGGCACAUUUGGACGUUGUUUGAGGAUCCGAAGAAUUUGUAUGAUUUUGUGGAUGGGUUGGGUAUGGAGGAUCAGGUUUUGUAG